AUGUUCAGCACCGUCGUCCGCUUCUCGGCCGCCCUCGCCCGCCAGCCGGCCAAGACGACGCUGGCGUCGGCCACCUCGCCCUCGAUCACCGCGGGCCUCACGACGUCGGCCUCGACCCAAUCUUCCGCCCUCGUCGCCUCGCCUUUCACCGUCAACGAGGACGGCCGCGUCUGCAGCCGCAACAGGAGGCAGCACGUCUACGACCCCGAGGCUCCCCUGCCCCCCUCGGCGUCCCAGAACUGGGCAAACGCCGCCGCCAGGAACAAGGACGCCCGCGAUCUCGCCGGAUUCUAG